AUGUCGGACGAGGAGCCGGCAAUGCCUGUGCCGACGGAUGUCGAAGUCGAGGAAGUCCCACCGCAGCCUCGGAAGAAACCAGCCGCCAAAGCAGCGAAGACCGAUGUCGAUGCCGAGGAAGACCCACAGCCUCAGAAGAAACCAGCCGCCAAAGAGCCAGCAGCGAAGACCACGGCGAAGCCCAAGAAGAAUGCGGAGGCAAAGAUGAAGGACAAGGUCCAGCCCAAACAGAUAGCCAAGGCCAAAGCAAAGAACCUGGUUCUCAAGAAGCCCUCUGCAGCUCCACAAAGCCAGAAGCGAACAGCCGACGACGACAAGGGCAAGGGUACCUCUGAGAAGAGCAAGAACAAGGGUACCUCUGACAAGAGCAAGAGUACCUCUGACAAGAAGAGCAAGGUGAUUUCCUCAUGGGCCACACCCUUGUUUGCCGAGAAGGAAGAUGCCGAGGAAGAGGGCGGCGAAGAGGAGGCGGCAGAGGUCGACGAAGAGAUCGAUGUGUUCAACACGGACCCCGAGACCCAGACGAAGAAAGACCGAGCGAAAGAUUUUAAAUUUAAGCAGAUGUACCAGAACAACCAGUUGCCCGACUGGCUCGCGGCAAAAUACCGCGAAACGCUCUCCAUGAAGGUGGGGCGUGUGGAGCAGCAGCGAAAGCUCGUGAACAUGUGCCUCGAUCGCACAAAGGAUCAGAAGCUGGUCGUGAACCUGAACAAGCCGAUGUUCAAGGAGAUGCAAGAGACCUGGACGAAGAUCCAGUCCAAGAAAGCAACAAAGACCUUAUCCAAAACACUCUUCUGUGGUAAGUUCAACCUCACAGAGGAUGCUUUCCAAGCCGGGCUCCAGGCGGGAGAGUUUUACGAAGUGACCGACGAGAAUGGCACGUGCAAGUACGGGUGGGAUACGGCCGAGCACAGUGAGACAAAAGCCAAGAAGGCUGCCAGUGUAACCGAGACAGCCGGCAAAAUUAGCAAGGAGCAGCAGGGCUUGGUGGCAGCUGUUGCCGACAAGUGGAGCAUCGGGUUGUUUCGGAAGGCCAGCAGUUCCCCCAAGGCCACAGCCUCCAGCAGCAGCGAGAAGAAGGUGCCCUUGGCUAUCAUGGACCAGCAGCCCCAGUCUCUCUCGUCGAAGGAUUGGGAGAUGGCCAAGCAGCAACUGCACAUGGCGCAGAAAGCCUUCGAGCAGAUCAAGAACUCGGCACAGAAGCUGCUGACAGGAUUGACCAAGGAGGACAAGUUUUACGAUCAGGCGGCCACGAGCGAGAAGGUCAAGAUUGAUCACAUCCAUACAUGGCAGGAGCUACCGGAUGGCUCAGAGAUCACGACCCUGAAGUACGAUGAAAUGAUGCUGGAGUUUGGCACAAAGGCCGAGCAACUUGAAGAGCAAUUCGCUGCUGUCAAGGCACAGCACUCUGUCGUCAGUGCUCGCAAAGCCUAG